GAGAGGCACUGAAGGGAGAAAAAGAGGGGGUGUUCAGGAGGAGGAGUGAGUCUGAGUGAAACAAACUUAAGGCGGUGAGAACAGAAGACGCCAGCUAGUACACGGUGAAUAGCAGACAGAGUGAGAGCGACGGAAAAAGAGAGAAUAAAGACUUGAAACAUCCAUCGCCAAAAAAACAGACAUGACGUCACUCAGCAGGAACCUGGCAGUGCUUCUCCUUUUUCUGAGCGUCUCGCCUGUCUUCCACUCCUAUCUCUUCGCUGACGCUGCCUCCAUUGCCCCUGCUGUCACUCGUCCACGGAUCAUAUUCAUAACUGGCUUGGGCUCAGAAGCCGACUACGAUGAUGACGAUGAUGACUUCGACAGCCACAGCUCUCCUCCUAAAGUGGUGUCCUCCAUGAGAACUCCCUUUCUCCAACGGGAACCGCAGCUCUGCAAAUACAACCCCUGCCUGGAGAAUCAGGAACCCUGUGCACAACUUUCAGCAAGGACUGGGUGCCUCUGUCCUGGGAUCAGUGGGAGCGAUGUGGCUCCUCAUGCACCACGCAUCAAUGUGCUGAUGCCAAUCACUGAAGGGGAAGACAGAGGGAAGGUAGAGGUUCAGUGGUGCGCUCCAUCUUCUGUGGUAUCCACUUACAGAGUGGUGAUUCAGGGAAGUGAAGGUGAAGCCUUGGAGUUUCAGGCAGCUUCACGAAGAGGUUUAGUCGGCUCUUUGGAAGCUGGGACUAAGGUGUGUGUGGAAGCGGUGAACAACGCAGGACACAGCAUCCCCUCAGACUUCUCCUGUAAACGGUAUGACCCUCCUGACUCUUCUGACCAUAAACUAUUGGUCGGGGUCAUAGGAGGAGGAGUCGCCCUAAUUUUAAUUCUCAUCAUAUCAGCUGUGAUCCUCUGGAGGUGUAAGAUUUGUCAAAAGGCAAAGAGGGACUCCACCGAUGGACUUGGGAAUCCAUCUUACAGCACAGAGGGAACUCUGUGAUAGAGACUGGUUCAGCAUAGACAGACAAUCCAACCCAGUUACACUGAGCAGGGCCCCUGCAAUGGAGGCACGGUGACGAUCAUAAACGAAAGCUUAAUAUUUCUGUGGUGUAUGUUUACAGUCCUGUUUAAAGGAGUAUGUCAACAUAGUGGGGGGGGGGCGUUCAUAAAAUAACACUAACAAAUGGCUCAUUUGUCAUCAUAACUACAGGUUUAUUUGCUGGCAAAUUAACCUUUGUAGGUUUAUUGUAGUGGGUUUUUUUUCAUUUAAUCAUGGAUGAAUUUAAUUGUAAAUAUUACUGAGUUCUAGAAUAUACUGACUGAAACUUUUGUAAUAAUCCAAGGCUUAUUUUAAUUAAAAAAGAAAUUGUGUGAAAUGU